GCCCAUUCCAGGAUCCACCGAACGCGACGACAAAUGAUGCUGUGGUCCAACCUCCGGGGGUAUCUCCAGCGCAAGGCCACCGAGCUGCGCUUUGGGAACCGGUCGCGGCCGCCGCGUCGGCGAGUGCACCGCGUCGUCGCCCGCCGCAAGUAUGGGCAUCUGCGCGAGUUUCUCUACGUCCUGUUCUACAAUUUCCAGCUCCUCUGCUACCUCUUUUUCAUUCCACUCCGGCUCGGCUUUGUGUUUGACCCGUUCGUGAGCCACGCCGACCCGCAUUUCGACGCGAACGACGGGCUCUUUUAUGUCGUCGACGUCGUCACUGACGUCUUUGGGCUCGUCAACUUUUACUUCCUCUCGCGCUACCACCGCGGCUUGUACAACCGCCCGAUGAGCUUCUCGCAGCACUCGUCGCAUACAACAACGGCGACGCGCGCACCGGGGCGCCUCGCGAGUAUGGCGGCGCGCGCCACCAACGAAAAGGCCGUCAAGCCCGAGUCCGGUCCGAUUGCAGCGCGCCACUUGCACUUUAUGGGCACCGUCUCGGGGCGCAGCCUCGCGCAUAUCUCGCGCUUCCAGCUGCUGCUCGAAGCCGCCGCGCUCAUCCCGUUUGAGUUUGUGUGCUUCGCGGCGUUUGGCAUCAACGGCCUCCACCUCGCGCGCAUCCCCAAGCUGCUCCGACUGCACAACGGCCGGCGCUGCCUCGCGGCGCUCAAGACCGUCCUCUCGCGCUACCAGUGCUUUGCGCGGCUCAACAACACGCCGGUAUCCUUCCUCGUCAUGCUCAUGGUCACGCACUUCUCGCUCUUCCACCUCGUGAGCGCUGCCUACAUGCUGCUAGCGCACGUCGAGUGCGGUGUGCACUUGGACCAAUGCGAAGGGGGCGGUGGCGCCAGCAGCGGUGGCCAUCGGCAGCUCAGCGGCGGCGGGGCGUCGCUCGCAGUGGGCACACCCACGUGCUGGGUGCUCCAAGGCCAGCUCCAAGGUGGCCACAUCUGGGACCAGUACAUUCGGACGCUCGUGACGGUCGCGUUUGGCGACGCGUUUGCGUACACGUACGCCGAAGGCUGCUUUGGCAUCUUGAUCCAGCUCCUUCGCGCGCUCAUGAGUUGCGCGAUCAUUGGCGGGUUCGAGCUCGUGUUUGGCCACUACAACUCACGCCGAAGUACGUAUGUGGCCUUGCUGGAAGACGCGCGCACGUAUACGCAGUCGCGCAAGCUGCCCGAGAACCUCCGCAUCAAAAUUCUCGGGUAUUUCGACUACUUUUGGCGCGUCCAGCUCGGGAUUCUCGAAAACAACGUGAUUGCGUCGCUGCCGGCGCACUUCCAGAUGCAAUGCACCCAAGUGCUCAAAGCGUCGCUCAUCAGCAAGGUGUAUUUCUUGACCAAGGAAAGUGCCAAUGUGAUCCAGAACCUCGCGUCGCUUUUGACGUCGCAGGUGUUUAUGCCCAUGGACUGGAUCACCAAGACGGUGCAUUUUCGCGAAAUGUACCUCAUUGCGCGCGGCAAGGUCUUCCUCGUCGACGACAAUCAGAAAAUCAUCUCCAAGCUCACGCAAGGCGACGCAUUUGGCGAGAUCACGCUCUUUGUCGAGAACGCGUUUGCGUACAAGGCGCUGGCCGAGACGUUUUGCGAGCUCUACCAGCUCAACACGGACGUGUUCCAUACGGUCAUUGACGCCUACUACACCGAGACAGCGGUCGCAGCGCAACGCAAAACCGAGUGGCGCGACGCUAUCGAGGCGCGCGACCACCAAAUGCUCAAGACGCAAAAGCUGCUCAACCAAGGCGAGACGCUGCAGAGCGUCAUGCGCCACGCCCAGUCCAAAUCUGGUCGGUGGGUGCUGCCGCACUCCAAGUUUCGCAGCUUCUGGUCGAUGCUGCACCUUUGCAGCCUCAUCUACAUGGCGGUCGAAAUUCCGUACAAGCUCAUCUUUCGCACCGCAGAAAACAUCGACACGUCGACCAGCGUCACGCUGGUGUUCGUCGCCAGCGUUCUCAACGAGUUCUUUUACGUUCUGACCAUCACGUUCGAAGCGCGGUACUUCGCCUUCCUCGAUACGUCCUCGGUCGUCACCACGGCGCCCGUGACGGACCCGGACUUGAUCUUUGCGCACUACAAGGAGUCGAACGCGUGGCGCUACGACCUCAUCGCGAUCCUUCCGAUCGCCAUCAUCGGCGACGCUCUGCCCUAUGAAUGGAGCGCGCUUGUCCUCUACCUUCGACUCUUUCGGCUCUUACGGCUCGUACGCUUGCGCCAGCUGCAAGACGUGCUUUCCGGUGUCCUCGAAGAACACCGCGUGUCAUCAGCACUCCAAACCGUCGUGUACCUCUCGCUCGGAGUCCUCCUCGUCACGCACGUUGCGGGCUGCCUCUGGUUUUUGAUUGCCAAUGUCCAGACGCCGCACGCGGCCGCAGAGGCGACGCACUGGACGUCCAGCGAGAUCACGCGCGCGCGCUGCUCGCACGACGGCGGCAUCUUUGCCAACUGCACGUGGUUCCUCUACGACCAAGUGCACCAUCCGCACAACUCCGAGUACGCGCGGGCGCUGCUUUGGUCGGUCGUCUCGCUCACCACUGUCGGGUUUGGGCCCAUCCUUCCGUUCUCGACGGCCGAGUACACGUACGCCUGUCUGUGGUUUUACGUGUCGUGCCUCAUCAACUUUGGCGUCAUUGGCGCCAUCUCGAGCGCGAUCGCACAAAUGAUGGCCAACGAGAAUCGAAGUCAGGACCGACUGAUGCAAAUCAACCGGUUUAUGCGCUACCGCAGCGUGUCGCCGCUCGUGCAGCACCAAGUGCGCCGGUACUACAAGAACCAGUGGGUGCGCGAGAAGGGCGUCAACGAGGAAGCCUUUUUGACCAUCUUACCCGACAACCUCCAGCACGAGAUCCUCACGUUUCUGCACGCGCAGACGUUUGAGCGCAUGGCGAUCUUUGACGGCGUCAGCGACGAGUGCAAGCAGAUCAUUGCCACGAUCAUUCGCCAUGAGACGUACCAAGCGGGCGACGUCAUUGCCCACCAAGGCGACAUGGGCGCCGACCUGUACGUCGUCCGGAAUGGCACGGUCGAAGUCUUUGAGAAGACGACGCCGAUCCAAGUGCUCCAUGCCGGCGCGUGCUUUGGCGAGGCCAACUUUGUGCUCGAGAUUCCAUAUGCGAUGAGCAUUCGCGCCAUGACAGCGACCGAACUCAGCGUCUUGCGCCGCCACGAGUUUGAGCAAAUCAUCAAGUUUUACCCCGAAGAGUGGGAAAUCAUCUACGAACAAGGCAUCGAAGUCCACGAGAGUGUGGACGCGGCGUGGUCAACGAUCAAGGCGAAUCUGACUCGCGACAAGAUUGUGAGCUUUGCGAAAAGCACGACAACGCUCUUUGUGAUGCCACCGCGCGACGCCGGCGUCAUCCCGCCGCAGAGCCGCGUUCGGCGCGUCUGGGAAGCCGUCGUCGUGCUCCUCAUGGUCUACAACGCGGUCCAAAUCAUCUUUCGAAUCUCGUUCCUCCGGCGCCCAAGCGACGCGGCGCACACGCUCUUGACGGCUCUCGACUACCUCUGCGACGUCAUCUUCCUCGUCGACAUCUACCUCAAGUACAACCACUUCACAUACGACAAUGAGAGUGGCGGGAACCUCUCCCGGUCCGAGAGCCGACAGCACUAUCGCUCGCACUACCUUGUGUACGAUGUCGCGGCGAGUGCCCCUAUUUACUAUGUCGGCGACCCGUUCACGAUGACGCUGUGUCGCCUGCCGCGGCUCCUCCGGUGUCUGCAGCUACCCGAGCUCAUCGACGCGAUCCAGCUCGGACUCCAAGAGCGAUUCGUCUCAGCGCGCGUCACGGCCGGGCUCCGCCUCUCAAGGCUGCUCUUGAUCCUGACGAUCUUUGCGCACUAUACCGGCGCCUUCUUCUUCAUCAUCUCGAGCCCUGAUGGGUAUCUUCCGCACACGGAGGACUUGCUGCUGGAGAACGAGGUCAUGGAGUGGCACCUCAAAGACCCUAUUAUCAAAGAGUAUCCUGGCAACGCGCUCGUCGUGUACUUGCGCACGCUGUACUGGGCAGUCACGGCCGUCACGGCGACGGACUACCGCGACAUUGAUCCGAUCACGAAUAUUCCGACGUACUACACGUCGAUCACGUGCUUUGCAGGCUUCUUCUUUGUCGGCCAAGUGAUUGGGCGACUCACGUCGAUCAUUGCCAACAUGGACAAGGAAGCCCACGAAUUUGAGCUGCGCAUCGACAACUACAACGAGUAUGGCCGAUCGCAGAAGCUGCCCAAGUUUCUCCUCGAGCGCGGCCACGAGUACUUUGAGUUUCAGUUUGAGUGCACCCGUGGCAUGGAGGCCGAUACCAUCUUUGCGGACCUUCCGCAUUCGCUCCGACUCAAGCUGUACUUUGAUUUAUACGGAAAACGACUCCGCGAGAUUUCUCUUUUCCUCUCGUUCGACGCUGCAUCGUUGGCAGCGAUUGCCGAGCGCCUCUUCCCCGUGCUCUAUUUGCCCCACGACAAUAUUCUCGUCGAGGGCGGCACUGGCGUCUCGCUCUUCAUCAUGAACCAAGGUCGCGCCGAGCAGUACGUGCGUGCGUGCAACCUCGUGGUCGCGGCCGUGCCCGAGGGCUGCCUCUUUGGCGAAGUCGCCUUCUUCAUGCCCGACCUCACGCACCUCACCUCCGUGCGCGCGUCAACGUGCUGCGAGGUCUUCCGACUCGAGCGCGCCGACUGGCUCGCUCUCUGGCCCGACGAUCGCCGCAGCGAACUCGAGGCCGAGAUCAGCCCGCAACUCGUUGCGAAGCACGAGUACCUCAAGGUCGCCCUCACCAAUAUCUUGACCAACUUGACGUACGUGGAUGGCGUCUCGAGCCCCAACCAAAAGGCGCGCAAGCACAUGAUGAGCAACAACCUCCGCCGGCUCUCGUCGUACGGCCAGCGCCGGCUCAACGUCAUGCGCACGACGCUGCACACGCUGCGGUUUAAAAAAUCCAACACCAGUCGCGUGCUGCCAGUGGCGAACGAUGCCGAGCCCAAUGAUGUUGGACCCGAACGCCGUCUGAGUCGCCAGAAAGUAAAAGGCCGGAGCUUCCGCGAGCGCAGCAUGAGCGUCAUCCAGCAAAAGAUCCAGGCCGUGAAAACCACGAGCGAGCUCCGGAAAAAGCUGAUUGCCGACCAGCGCCGGCGGGAGCAGCGCACGGCCGUGAUCAUGCGCAGUCUCACGCGCCAGGAGGAGGACAUGGACGACUUGGACGAAGACGAGCUCGACGACGACGACGACGAGAACGACGACGAGGCAAACCACCAGGCGACGAACAACCAUGGUGCAAGCACAGGACGUGUGGUCGACGCUGGCCUGGUCAUGCACCGCAGCUCGUGGGUCGAGUCGCGUGAUAAGGUGCUUGAAGUCGGCUCGACACCAGAGGUGACGCCACGCAUCGAAGACAUUUUGUCCGACAAGCGCCAAACGAGCGGACACUUUGACCACCUCGACGUGCUUCGCCGGGCUUCGCUGCGGCUCCAGACACCGAUCAAGGGGUCCGAGGCGGCGCGCAUCUCGAUCUGGGCCGAAGUCAAGAUGCCGCCGUGGUGGACACAUCCGCACUCGACGUUUCGCGCGUCAUGGGACCAACUGCUUUUCGGUAUCACGCUCUAUUACGCAAUCGCGCUCCCGCUGCGCGCGUGCUUUGUGCACGGCGUCCUCCUCCACGACGUGCAUGGCGUCGACACGUGGAUAUACACCGAGUACCUCUUGGAUGUCCUCAGCCUCAUCGACGUUGUUUUGCGCUGGGGCUAUUUCUGCCGCAUGAUUCGCGGCGAGCUCGAGUCCGACCCGACCUUGCUUCGCGCCGAGUACUUUCACAAGGACGGGUAUGUAUAUGACGUGAUCGCUGCCGUCCCCUUUGAGCUCUUUGCGCUCGUGAUUCCGUCGAGCGUCUGGGGCGACGCGUAUCCGCUCGUGCAUUCGGUGUCGCUCCUCCGGCUCAACAAGCUCGCGCGGCUUGUGCACGUGCCUGCUUACAGCACCAAAGCCCGCGAGCUCCUCACACUGCGCUUCAAGUCGAUCUCGUGGCUCGGCCUCUUUCUUUCGUUUCUCAACAUUUGGGGCAUCUUCCUUCUCUGCGGGCACUGGAUCGCGUGCAUUUGGUACUACGUGAGUCUCCAUAGCUCGUUGACUUCGCCGUCGACGCUCGUGUCCGCCGGCCACGUCUCGUUCGCAGAGCCAUUGAGCGUCGCGUACCUCCGGACCUACUACUUUGCGGCAACGACGCUCACGUCGGUGGCGUUCGGCGACUCGCGCGCGACGACACUGAUGGAGACCAUCGUGACCAUUGGCCUCGUCUUUGUCGGCUUGCUCGCAUACGGCAUUCUCACCGGCGGCCUCUCGGAGAUUUUCGAGGAAGAGUUCAAAAACUUGGUCAAAUUCGAAGACCACCUCGGCGUCGUCUCGACGUUCCUCGUGCACCGGCAGUUUCCGCGGCCUGUGAUCCUCCAGAUCAUGGAGUACUUUCGCAUGCUCUGGGAGCGCAGCGAGGGCAUUGUCGAGAACAAAGCCCUCGCGCCGCUCUCGAGCGCGAUCCGCGAGGACAUUGCGGUGUACGUCAAGCGCGAUUUGAUCACCAAGGUCCAGCUCUUUGCCGAGUGCGACCAGGACUUUACGCGCGCGAUCGUCGCUAUGCUCCAAGCCGAGUUUUACGUUGCCAAAGACGUCAUCAUCCGCGAAGGGGACUACGAACGGUCCAUGUACUUUAUUCACAUGGGCUUCAUCCUCGUGACCAACAACGCCAAGAGCUAUGAAGUUGUCAAGCAGAAAGGCGACUACUUUGGCGAGCGCAGUCUCUUGCACAACACGCCGCGGAGUGCAACGUGCUCGGCGAUCUCCAACUGCGAAAUGUACAUUCUCGAACACAGCGCGUACGAGUAUACGCUCGAGCGCUUCCCGGAAUACCGCGCGCGGAACCUCAAGAACUGGUGCUCGGUGCCGCUCCUGCCAACGACGCAGUCGAUGACGUCGGUGCAGGACGACGAGAGCGAGACUGUCGGGCCCUCGUCGGCCAUGCUGCCCGAAAUGGCGUCGGUCGCGGAAGAGCCGCUGUCGUCGCCCAAGCAAUCCGAGCACGAAGAGGUCGACCCGAACGAGAAGAUCCGCCGCCUCUCCAACAUUAGCCAACUGCACUCGUUCUCUCGGCGCCCCAUGUACCAUGAUGGGACCCCAAUAUCAGUCAUGACCCGCGCACCGUCACUCAAGAAGCUCGUACACGCAGCAAGCCACUUGGACCUCGUGUCCGAGGUGCCCGAGGAGAGCAUGCCUCGGUCGUCGUCGGCCGCAACACUCGUGACGCGGCAGGGGCUGCCACGAUAUGGCAGUCGCAGUCAAAGUCCAAAGAACAGCGGGUGGUCGCAGUCGCCGCCGCCUGAAGCUGAGAGCCACGACCGGCCCAUGACGCCGAUCGAGCCGAUGCUCGGCGCAACGUCGUCGAACGGUGUGGUGCGCGUCAACGCUGCGGCCGCGGCUCGUCACUUGCUACGGAGCCGCACCGAGCCCCGACUGAUUGGACAAACGCGCCCGCGGCAGCUCCAGCGGUCGUCGACCGACUCGAACAUUGCAUUUGCCGAUCGGCGUAGUCGACACCUCUUGCGUAAAUAAAGUAGCG